AUGCCUGUCCAUUUGUCCCGAAAUUUGGCAGAUUUUCAGUCGAAAAUCGGUUCAGCAGACAGGAAUCGCCUCUUCGUUGUGGAUUUCUAUGCUGAUUGGUGUGGCCCAUGUCGAUUCAUUGCUCCUAUUGUGGAGCAGUUUUCGUCACGCUUCACGAAUGCCACAUUUUUGAAGGUCAAUGUCGACAAUUCACCAGAAGGCAGAGAAAUGGAACGAAUUCAGGGCGCAAAUCCGCAAGCAUUGGAGUUAGCUAUCAGCAGGCACUAUUCUUCCGCACCAUCCAAUCCAAAUGCUGCCACAGAUCGUGAGAAGCGUUUCCUACAGCAAUUUGUCCCUUAUGUUGACAAGGUGAAACUUUAUUCCGAUAUUGUUUACAAAACCCUUGCAAUAAGCUUGAUCCCUGCUGACGAUUU